AUGCCGCCACUUGAUAUGACUAAUCCAGAUAUAAUGAAGUUUUUCAUAGAAAACUAUGAAAAAACUACGCGUCUUCGCUUAAAAUGGAACCAUCUUCACGGCGACAAAUUGGCACAAGCGGCUACUUUAAAACGAGAAGAAAAAGGAUAUUAUUUAACUGAUGUCAUACAAGAAAACAUGGCUGCGGGUAUGCAAACCAUAAUCAGAGAUAGUAUAUCAGGAGCUGAAAACAGAAGGAAAAAACCUAUUCGAGAUGCGACCCAUAUACCGGCCUUAGCUGAUAUGAGAAAGGGGCAUUCUAUCGUUGAUGUCGGUCUUGGUGAUCCUAAAAAAGAUCCGCGGUUAUCACGACCCGACACAGAUCUCACAAUGGACCCUGUAAUGCGGCCAAUGGACCCGAAACAAAAACAGAUUAUCUAUAAAGGUCUCCCACACUUUGGUCGAUUAGCAUACCUUAAGCAACGAAACAAAAUAGCUCCCGAGGACAAGUACUAUUUAAGAGAAUCUUCUGGAUGGACUUGUGGAUGGCGCCUCAAGGACAGCUGUUUUGGAAGGAAUGCACCAACGUUCGGUCGUGUGUGGUUCCUGACACGAGACUCUGCAAGCCGCAGUGGAGCGCAACCUGAUCCUGCCCAUUAUAAAGUAGUGGAACUCCCAGGACCUAAAAAAUGUCCAUAA